AUGCCAGCUUCUAUCUUGAAUUAUUACGCCCAGCGGCUGCGACUGGAGCAAAACCUCUCUGCCCAGUUCACGGAGCUUCACCAGUGGCUUCAGGAGAAAGAGGCAGCGCUGAUCAGAGAGAUCCGGAGGGAGGAAGAGCUACUUCUGAGCGAACUGGACAGGAACCAGCGGAAUAGCCAAGAGCAAAUCCACAUGGCCGAUGAGCAAAUAGCUAAGAUCCAGGCUCGGCUUGCAGAGGAAUCAGAUCCUGAAAGUUUCCUUCAGGAUAUCAAAGCCUUCAUAGGAAAAGACUGUCCCAGGGAAGACAAAGGAAGUCCGCUGCCUGUGAUUUCUCGUGAUUUCAGUUUAGGUCAGUUCAAAGGGCCUAUUCAGUACAUGGUCUGGAGAGAGAUGUUGCUGGCCUUAAGACCUUUCCCCUCCCAUAUAACCUUGGAUCCUGCCACCAACCAUCCCAACCUUGUGCUCUCCAAGGAUCUUGACACUGUGCAUGUGGAAGAUAACCCUGAAGAAGAGGUCCCUGAUGGUCCUGAAAGAUUUAGCAAGUCUGUAUGUGUGUUGGGUGCUCAGGGCUUUACUUCAGGACGCCAUUAUUGGGAGGUAGAAGUUGGGAAUAAAACUAGCUGGGAUAUUGGGGUGGCCAAGGAGUCGGUGAACAGGAAGGAGGCUAAGGUGACUGUCAAGCCCAGCAAUGGUUUUUGGGCCAUUUGGCUACGGAAUGGCAAUGAAUACAAGGCCCUUGACUCUCCCUCCAGGCAGUUGUUUCUCAAGACCAAGCCUCAGAAAGUGGGGGUCUAUUUGGAUUAUGAAGGGGGACAGGUCUCUUUUUAUGAUGCUGACACCAUGACCCAUAUUUUCACCUUUCUGGAUGUCUUCUCCAAGUGCCUGUACCCCAUGUUUAGCCCUGGGGUCAACAAAGAUGGCCUCAAUGGUGAACCUCUCCGUCUCCUGUCCCCACGGAUCUGGCAAGAACUGCGUAAGAGUUAUUGGGCUUUGCCUUGA